AUGCAGGCAGUGUCGGAAAAGGACCGGGUGCUGUGCAAAGACGGGCGGGUGUUCCAUGCGUGCGAGUGCAAUUCGUGCGUGAAGCGCGGGCUGACAUGCGAGUACCGGGCAAUGCGGAAGCGCGGGCGGCACGGCAAGAAAUCAUCGACACCGCAGCUGCCAACCAGCAGCGAAGGCCCCGGCGAACUACGACAGCGCAUGGCUGCGGUCAAGAACGAGGCCAAGCACAGCGAACCGCUGAGCCUGCUGGGGUACCCGCCGUUCUUUGGCCCGCUGUCGUCGACGUCGGGCGAGGUGGAGCAAAUGAUCAGUGCCAUGACCUCGCCGCCAACCAAUGGUGCAGCGGCUCAGACACAGGAGCCUGAGGCACGUAUGCAUGUCCCGCAUCAGAUCCGGCAGCAAUCUGCAGCAUCGAUUGACGGCAGCAUUUUCUCGUCGCUAGGCACGGGGAUUGCCAAUGCAUUUGCCCACACGUCGCCGGUGGUCUCGCCCACGGCCAACCAGCACCCGGGGCUGUUUGCUGCAGUGGCGGCCAUGCAGCAGUUCUCGACGCAGACGAUGAUGGCCAACAUCCCAGCACCGCAGGAGCAGCCGGCUCGGAUCGGUUCGAUGCCGCCGCCCUCGCUGCCAGCUGCCAAUGGAUCGAGCCCAGAGGCGGCAGCCAAGCGGCAUGAGAGCGGGAACUGGUCGCGUGAUAUGGACGACGAGGAGCAGGUGCUGGGGGCACUGAACACACGCGAGAACGACAGCUUCGGGCGGCCGGUCUACGACCCGAUGUCGUACCCGCUGCCACCACAGGCAGAGCUGGACGAGCACGUGAACGGGGUGUUUGAGUACUUUUACAUGGGCGGGCAGACAUUGCAUGAGGCCAGCUUCAGGCGGCGGCUCGCGUGCGGUUCGGUGGAGCCAGUGCUAGUGUAUGCGAUGAUGGCAGUGGCAAGCCGGUACUCACGGCGGCCGAGCCUUCAUGCGCUGAAACGGCAUGGCCUGAACCACGGCGACCUGAGCACCAACGACGCGGGCAACAUGCUCAAGUCGCGCAUGUAUCUGGUCAAGGCGCACCUGGACGCACCGUUCACGCCGUCGAAUCCGAUGAUGUCAUUCAAUGGCAGCUUCGAUCGGGUGCGGGGCGGACCGCUCACGUGCGCGUGUCCCAAGACAGUGGGUGAGCUGGUGGCGCAGGAGACGCGGCGGCGGGUCUGGUGGUUCCUGGUGUUUGUCGACUACUUCACGGCCAACGUGAUGAAUGUGCCGCUGGAGAUCCCGCCCGACUCGUACUGCGUGCGGCUGCCGUGCAGCGACGAGGAGUGGAUGAGCGAGUCGCUGAUGAGCAUCGACGACAUGAUGGCGAGCGAGCCGGCGCCCCUGGACAGCGAGCCGGUGCGGCGCUGCAACGGUCUGCACAGCUGCCAGCCGCCGUGGAAGUUCCAUGCCAGCGCAUUCUACCUGGAGCGCCUGAUGGUGGAAGUUCUGCGACCACCUGCGGCGGCUCAACAGCCUGCGCCCAUCUUUAUUGAAGAGGACUACCCGUACCUAAAGCGUGCCAAGCAGGUGCAGUCGUGGGUCGAGCGGCUGGCCAAGGUCAAGGCGCAGUGGUCGUGGCUGCAUCUGCAGCUGAACAAGUGGCUCGACUCGAUCCUGCUGCGGUUUACCGAGUACCGCCACCAGUACUACUACUAUCUGAUUGCAGCCCAUGCCGCCAUCAUCAUGUCGCAUGGUGUUAUUCUGCAGCUGUUUACAGACCUGUCACGGUACAUCAAAGCAGCAGCAGGAUCAAGCGGCGCUGGGCACAGCCCGCCGAUCGCCCAUGGCUGUCCAAUGGCCUGGGACUGGUGGGCUCGCCCUGAGUUUGGCCAUUUUCCGGCCGGCCCCGCCUCGUCUCUGUCGCCGGCCACGGCCGCUGCAGCGAUGGGUCUGCUGGGCGGCAACGGCAGCGACAGCCUGGCCGAGUUCGGCAUUGGUGCGCUGAACAGCGUCAUGACUCCGCUGAUGAACAGCAACUCCUACCCGUCGGCGCAGUCGCUGAGCGGCGGCCACGGCAUGCUGGACGAUUUCAUUGAGGCCAGCUCCGACCACCUCGGCACCCAUGCGGCCAACGCGGGGCCGAGCAACCCGCAACCCCGCAAUACCCCAAAUAGCGUAUUACGCGACCUGCACGACAUGGCCAAUAUUGCCUGGGAGAGCUGCGUGUCGACGGCCGAGCAGCUGGCGUCGGUGCUCCGCGGCCGCCACCCGAAAUUCGUGCUGCUGGGCGGGCCCGCCUCGGAUGUCAUGCAGGACCUAGCAAGCGAUGCCAACACGCAGACUUCGUCACCAUUCAAUGCUCCGGGUUCGGGGCCGGGCACCGACAACCCGAUUCUCGCAUGCUGCGCGAAAGCGACGGGUGCUUCCGAGCAUCCGGGCCGCGCCCACAGCACCUCGGCCACGCCUGAAAUCAGCCCUGAGGCCGAGGAAGUGCUGGGCAUUUCGCCCGGACUCAGCCGGCCCACCGACAAGAUCCGCCCACUGUCGGCGUCCGUCAGCAACUCGGCCUUUAUGCUGGCCACCGCGGUGCAGCUGUCAAAUGCCGCGCCGCCGCCGCCCACCCGCCAAGGCGCCGAGAAGCGGGCGACCAUCAAGAUCAGGGCCUCGCGCCUCGGCAAGGCCUACGAGAACCUGUCGUGCAUGGUGCGUGUGCUCGAGGGAAUGCAGCAGUACUGGCACUGCAUGGACUACGUUACUGUGAUCCAGAAGAUCCUGAAGGGCUCGGAGGACCCGUUUAAUUGA